GAACAUUUUACCUGGUUAAAUUAAUUUGUCAAUGUUAUGGCUCUCUAACCUUGUGAGAUGUACUUUUGUCAUUUUACCUUUGCUCUUAUGUUGAAAUUUGAUUUCACUUUUGGUGUCUUUCUGACACUUUUUCUGUUACAUUGAGAUUACUGUGUAACAAAUGCUAUCUCAAGUCAAAUAUAUGUUGUAAAUCUUCAUGCUUUUGCUUUGACCUUUAUGAAACAUAGAUAAUGUUUAUUCUAUGGACAUCUGCUUGAACCGUUAUUGGCUUUGGUUCAGCAACUUGCAAAGGAAUAUAGAUUAUAAAUGAAUAUCCUGAAUGUAUUUGGUGCAGCUAAAGGUAUGGCUACUUCUAUUUCUGUCUUGACUAAAAUGUAUUGUUUCCUCAGGAUUGCAAAUGUUAAUGUCACAUGUAUAUAUAUCAGUUAUUGUUUGCUUUUUGGAUGUUUCCCUCAGAGCACCUUUAUCUGCACUGUUUUUCCCCUGACAAUCAGAUGAGCUCUCAAACAGGAGAUGACUUUUAUCAGUCAGAGGAUGACCUGGAUGAGGAUGAGGCGACGCAAUACAUAAUUGAACAGAGUCUGAGUCAGUACAGAAAACUCAAAGGGUUGAAUCCGAGUGAUCUGAAGCCCAGCGCAGACCCUGAUGAGAUUUUCAAAGCUAUCAAGGAGGGGGAUGAGACUGCACUGGAUAGACUAGCAGAGCAACCUGAGACUCUGUCUAGAGUUGAUGAGAGGGGAUGGAUCCCACUGCACGAGGCCGCAGUGCAGGACAACAAAAGAAUACUAGAGAUUAUAUUUUCAGCAUCACCCCCAGGAGCAGUUCAGUGUCGCACUCUGAAGGGUGAGACACCGCUGUUUCUUGCCGUGGUUCAUGGGCUGAGACAGAACGCCACAUUCCUGUUACAGAAUGGUUGCAGCCCAGAUGUUCAAAAUGAUGAGCAGGACUCGCCACUGGUGGCAGCUAUUCUAAAUGACCAGUAUGACUUAGCCACCCUUUUGCUUCGGUACAAUGCCAAUGUAGACCAAACAGGACCACUAAACAGGACCGCUCUACAUGAGUCUGCGUUUUUGGGUUUGGAGAACUUUGUCUACUUGCUGUUGGAGUCGGGUGCCAAUCCGAAUGCACUUGAUGUUAAAAUGAAAACUCCACUUGCGUUGGCUGCACAGAACGGACAUCUGAAUGUUGUGGAGACUCUGUUGGAAAAAGGAGCCCAUGUGAGGUCAGAGUUGGAGUCUGGUACUGUGUUAUUUGAUGCAGCAGCUUCAGGAAACCCUGAUAUCAUCUCCUUGCUCCUGGACCACGGGGCAGAUCCCAACCUUCCUCUUUACAGUGGGCACCUGCCAAUUCAUCGUGUGGCAUACCAUGGACACAGACUGGCACUGGAAAUCCUCAUCCCAGUCACUGACCUACAGGCUAUCAAAGCGAGUGGAAUGAGUCCACUUCAUUCUGCUGCUGCUGGAGGACAUGUCCAGUGUUUAGAAAUUCUGCUCAAAUCUGGCUUUGACCCAAACUUUAUGUUGCACCCAAGGGUGCGCCGCAGCUAUGACGAUGAGCGCAGGUCUGCCCUCUUUUUUGCAGUGUCCAACAACGACCUUCAUUGCACCCGCUUACUGCUAGAAGCUGGAGCAAUGGUGAACCAGGAUCCUGUCAAGUGCCUACAGGUGGCCCUCCGACAGGGCAACUAUGAACUUAUCAACACCUUGCUAAAAUUCGGAGCAAAUGUCAACUACUACUCCAGAGUAAACACCACUCACUUCCCCUCAGCCCUGCAAUAUGCCUUGAAGGAUGAAGUCAUGCUGAGGAUGAUUCUGAACCAAGGUUAUGAUGUUAUGCGUUGCUUUGACUGUCCAUAUGGUGACAGUUCUCAUGACUACGCUCCUUGGACAACCUCAGUCAUCAAAGACAUGGUGUUCUGUGAGGUUAUAACAGUGUCAUGGUUGAAGCCCUUGUCUGGUCAGGUUGUGCGUAUCAUGCUGGACUACACUGACCAUGUCUCAUUCUGCCCUAAACUGAAAGAGACAUUGCAGCAGCAGAAGCAGUGGCCAGAAAUAUGUCAUAUUCAAAGAAACACACGGAGCCUGAAGCACCUGUGUCGGUUGAGGAUAAGGGAGCAUCUCAGCCGUCUGCGCUUGAGAGCCCCAGUUUUUGUCAACUUCCUUCCUCUUCCUUCUAGACUGAAAGACUAUCUGCGUUUUAAGGAGUUUGAUGUUUACAGUAGGGGGAGUAUGGUUAACCUCUGAAGAAGACAAAGUCUAAGAUGGUAUUGAUAUCAGCAAGUCUGAUAAGUUUCUGUUACAUUUCUGCUAUUUUACCAUAAUUAGAUCUUAUGACUAAUAAAUUGUAGAGUUUUGGCUGGGGUUUCCUAAGGACAAAAAAGAUCAAUGCAGGUACAUAUUAUUUUGCCUGCAUUAAAUACAUCUGCUUUUAUAUUACUACUCUGUGGUGGAAGAAAGAACAGCAUUUGUGGAAAAAAUUUAAAGGUUUUGUGCAUUUCUUACGUUGUCAUUUUCAGGUAGACUUUAAGGGUAAUUCACAUUUGCCAAAUUCCCUCUAUUUUUAUGGGGAAAAAAAUACUUUUCUGUGUCAUAAGGUGCCUCUGUUGUUUCAUUUUUGUUUGUUUUUUAGUAUGUAGGACUAUAGGUCUAAUAAGAACUGCCCUACAAAGGGCAGUAGCUGUCUUUACAAAUUUUAAACAGGCAUAUUUUUAAUGGCACAACCCCAGCAAUCAUUCGCUUGACAUGCUUCCUGUUCAUGAUAUUGUUUUUUUUAUUUUUUAUUUUUAAGUUAACACAAAUAAUGUAUUUAACUUUAAUUACAUUUCAAGAACACCCAUUGGAUUGUGCAGGUUGAUGCAUGUCAAUGUAUUUUGUUUUAUAUUGUUUAUAGUUCUUAUCAAACUUGCAAAAUUAAAUUAAAUGUAUAUAAUUUU